AAGGCUCAGGUAUGUGGAGUAAACAUCUAAGUCAUUUUAAAGUCAAAGCUGCGGCAGAUGUUUCAGCAGCUAAAGUGUCAGACACUCUCAGCAUGUGAGUGUGAGUUAAUUUAACAGCAGUGACAGGCAGUGGAAACCUCUGCCUGCUUGGAUUCACGUAAAGGAAAUAUAACGCAGGCGAUGGGCCAAUAAUAACACACCAGAGACCAAAAGUGAGAAUCAUUAAACAUGUUCCUGUUAUGACAUUGAGGGGCUAUUAUGAGUGAAACGGUUUAUAAAAGGGGGAGCCUGUCUGCGUCAUCAGGACUGUCAACAGAUCAAAUCUGACCUGAAACGUCUUCCUGUGUCUCUCACGCUAAAUUAAUUUUGUAUAUUACAGAAAGUUCAAACGAGUUCAAACAAGGAAAAAAAAUCAUAAACAUGCCAGGAUAAUUAUGGAUAAAAUCUAAUCUGGUUACUUUUUGUUUAAAAAAGGAAAACAGUCGGUAAAGAGUGUAGAGACAUUAAGCUCUGUGAAAACCUGAGAGUCUUCUCUACUGUCACAAUAAUCCCAAACAGUUCUGCCAACACACACUCACACGACUGUAUUAAUCUCUUGUUGAGAAAUUUCCAACAAAAUAUGGAUUUUUGCAGUGGGAGGUGACAUGUCAGAGAAAAUAAUAGACAGGCCCAAAAAGGCUUAGUGGUUUCAAACAAGACAGUGGAUUUUGGAUUUGCCUAAUCUGUUGCAUAUUUAUGCCUCGCUGGAGUAGUGUUUCAUUGAAAUGCUUUCAGCGUCAGGGACAUUUGCAGCCCCUCUAAUGAUUAGCCGAAACAAUUUCAGGAGAUGUUUAGUUAUUUUUUUAAAAAAACAUAUGUAAAUCACCUUUUAAAACCAGACAGCGCACAGUAAAUUCAGACAUAUCCUUUAAUGAGCUGCCAAAAGAUGUUCACGACCUAUUUUUCUUCUACUGUAUCGGGUUUAAUGGCUUUGUUUUUCAUUUUUCUCCCUUUGAGUGUGGAUGCAGCUCAGGACAGAAGUCAAUAAAACCUUUGAGGGAUGGUUUGUGACCCAUUUUAACAGCAGUAGCAUGUGUCACGCUCGGGUGAAAAGCUGUGCGGCUAAGAGUUUUAAAAAAAACACACUACUGGUAUUUUUAUAUAGGCGAACAUAAAUGAUAGAGGAUCCAGAAUUUAUACCUCAGACUCUGAAGACACAGGAACAGGUCUUAUAUAAUAUUUGAUUUGUGACUAGAAGGAAAAAUGUAAAGAUAAAACAGACACCUAAGGCCUUUUUCCUUUAGUUUAUCACCUGUAGUAACCUUUUUAAAACAACUUUAAAUAAUGUCAGUGCAUUCUUAUUGUCAUAGCAGAUUGAACCUUUUGAACUCCUUGUAGUUGUGUAUUGGCCUGUAGGGGAGAGUGGGGUAAGUUGAGCCACCCCCUGUUGCUUGGAAAUGAUAAAAGAAAUUGAUCAUGUGACCAAAUAUUUAGGAGAUGGACAUCAAUUCAUGGAAUUUGUGAAGGUUAGAAGCACAUGGGUGAAGGGGUUAGAUAUUUAAUUACAAAAAAAACAUUCAGACCAAAAAAGAUCAUUUUAGAUUUGUUUCGUACAUCAAUUGUGGUAUCUAUGAGCUACAACAUGAGGUCAAAAAUCUAGCAUUAAAGUCCACCAUUUUAGCUUAGAGGACUAAUAAAGUCAUAACAGUAGUUCUGGGGUAACUGAGAAAGUAAAAGAGUCUGAUGAGAGGAUCAGAGUUUCAGUUCAGAUUGCUGAAAUGUGUUUCGUUAUGUGUUAUGAAAUGUAUUUAUGUUCUAAAUCACUUAAAGAUAUUCUCAUGUCAAAAUGUUUUUUUUUACAAAACAGCUUUUUAGCAGUUAUAUGUAAUAAUAUUAAAAAGAAUUAUUGUACCAGUUGAAUAUCAUAUAAUAGAUAAAAAUACACAUGAAUGUGAAGAAGUGACUGUUAUUUAGGGAGAGAGAAGGUGAGGGAGGGCUGGGGUGGAGAGUUUAGUUACCCCAUACACGGGGUAAGUUGACCAUAGGAGACCACUUUUUUUGUCAUGCUAUAUUAUCAAGACAGCUAUGUUUACACUCAUUCUGUUGGUUUGCAGGGAUGCACAACAUCUUGAAAUAUAUGCAGAUACACUAGUUAGAGACAAAACUAUGAUUGACUUGAUGUAGUGAUCUGAAAUAUGAAAAACUGCUCAUCUUACCCCACUCUCCCCUACAGAGUAUUUCUUGUAAACGCAUCCAUACAGGCUGAUGUUUUUCACAGGCCUUCACUGCUGCUGUAAUCACCGCUAAUUCACUUCUCAUGCCGAGAAUCUCUGACACUUCCUGUGCUCUUCUUAUGAAAGCGCCUACAACAGAAAUGACUUCAUGAUGAGGAGGAUGAACUUGUUGCCAGAACCGUAUUAAUAAGAUUGAAAGUUCAAUUUGGGGCUCAGUAUAUGCCCUAAAUUUCACUUUUACUGUUACGAGUGCAGACAUAUCAGUAUGCAAAGUCUUCACCAGAGUGACUGCAUGAAACCUCCGAGCAUGGGGCAUAAUUUAUUCUUAGUUUAAGCAUGAAGGGAUUAGUUACACAAUAAUCAAGUUAAUUGUCAAGACAAUAUGAUAAUCAUGAGGCACAGAGGAGAUUAUACGAGCAUGUAGGGAAAAAAGCUCUGUCGAUUGGUCUCUGAACACUUCAUAUGCAGUCUUGUAAACUCAGAAUGACCUUCGACCCACUUCUUUAGAGUGUGAGCUUGUUAUUGUCAAUCUGCAUCUUUAAAUGAAUGCAGAAGCCGGAGCCAGCUGAGUGAAAGGAAAUGUUCAAUUUCUGUAUCCUUGAUUCCAAAUCUUGAUCAUCCCUCUAAACCUCAAAACGCUGAACAGAAACACACUCCCUGAUGGAAAAGAUUCAUUUUUAUCAUUCACCACCUGAGCCAGCCGAGACAUAAAACAAAAAGAAUUUUUAAGUUCUCAUCAUUUCAACUCAUGCCAGGAAACGAACAUCAAAGAUUCUCAACGACUUUACCCACCCACCGCCAUGUGGUUUCCACACCUGCACGGCCCACUGACACACUGCUGACGGAAACGCAUCUCUGCUGAAUGGGUGGGAGAUGUACGUCUGCUGCAAGAACAUAUGGCCAACAUUUAGAUAGGAGAAUCAUCAACUGGUACCCGCUUACAGAGAGAGGAGUCGAGCCUGUAUGUUUGCGUGUUGCUUACAUGCCCACGUGUGCGCUCAGAUGUUUAGACCGCUGUAAACAGCAUGCCACUGCAGCUACACAAUGUUCUCCACGCAGAGAAUGUCAGUGUUGUCAUUAACACAUCGACAACGCCAUGUUCCUGGAAAAGUCUGUGCAGCAUUUCAUGGAUUUCAUGCAGCAGUUAAGAGUAGUAGGGGAGACCGGGGGUUGUUGUCACAUGGGUAAGUUGUCAUAUUGCAAUUAUCUUUGCCACCAGAUGGCCGACUAAAAAGUGGAAUACUAGUUUUAUUCCUUUAUAUGGUCAGAAGUCGUGUCCUGUCUGAGAAGAGAAGAGAAGAGCGCAUUGUGAGCUGAGAUGAGCGCCAAGCAACCAUUUUGCACAACGCAAAGUAAAAAGGAGAGGAGAAAGCGAGAAGACAUGGUCAGGAAUUUCAAAAGAAACACAAAGCAAGGCAGUGGAGGACAAUAAAGGACUUUAAUGUCAACUACCAUGCCUUGGCUCAGUACUGCAAAACAUCAAUUACUAUGUUCAAAGACUUUUUCUAGUUCAAUGAUAAACAUUUUCUGUGCCUGACUUUGAUGUUCACUUUCAUGUAAAAAAAAUGAGAAUAAUAAUUAUAACUUUCUCCUUGUUUUAUUAGCUGCAAAAUCCACUGUGACAUCUUACCCCAUAUAGUGAGACAACUUACCCGAUGGUGGGGCAGCAUGUCACAUGUUCACACUCUCUCUGCACUGACACAAGAUAUGAAAAUGACAUGAAUACAAAAUAUAUACUAAAGACUUUGGUCUUUCAUCUGGUACACAUUUUGUUUGUAUAUGAUGUAUUGAUUUAAAGAAAUAUAUAAGAGUGUAAAAAGUGUGACAACAAGACCCAGUCUCCCCUACCUGUCAGUAUAUAUUCUUGUAGUGCUACCUAUAUUUUGGUAUUUCUUAUGUCCAAACAUGCAGACCUGUGGAAAAUAAAAGCAGGCAAGUGAGCAAAUGAAUGAAUUAAUAUUCAUGCCUUUGUCAAAAUUUGAUUGGUGAUUGUUUUAACAUGUAAACAAUAAAACUGAACAUGAUUAGGAUUGUGAAACUGAUUAUUAUACUACAGAUAAAGCUGGAGGUGUUAAUUCACAUUCAUCCGUUUGGUUUCAUUGAAUUGAAAUGAUUUAUGACAAUCCAUUCAGUGAUCUGAGAGAGUUAUCUAACUAGAUUAAAUCAGAGUACAAAGUGAUGAACAUCCCCAAAGCUAUCGGGAAGCCUGAGGCAUGUUGUAAGCUGACAAUUAACAUCCAUGUGUUUUAAAAAGACUUGAAAAAUGCUUGUAGAAAAGAAGUGACUUUUACUACAUAAGUAAUUAUACCUCCAUGAACGUCGAUGGCUACCAUUUGCACUUUGACCUACUCCAUAAACCUCAAGCCUGUCGCUCAGAUGUAGAAGUCAGACUCCAUCUGCGUCUUGGACAAGCUGGAACAUGAAACACUGAGCGCACAAAGUUUAAGCCAAGCUGUUCUUUUCUUAUCUGAUGAACUGCCCUAAAAGACUGACCUUACACCGAACCCUCUUAUCAAUACAGUUCAGUGUGACGUGAACAAGAGGUUAAAGAACAGUGGGUUUACAGCUGCUGCAGCUGCUUUACAUCACCACAGUGAGUCUGAUCCAAUUUGUUAUGUAAUAAUGAGAUGUGAAGUUCGAUAUGUCCAUCAGGUGUAAAUCCUUUUUCGAUAAUCAUUUACACAUAUAGAGUAGUACUGUUAGAGUAUGUCUUGAACAUUUUUAGUUCAAUCAAAUCAAUGCAGUUUAACUUUAGACAAUUACAUUAAAUCAUAGUGCAGAUUUUAACUUUAAAAAGUGUCACGAAGAAACUCCACUCUCACACUUCUUUGUCUCUCUUGCCAGGAAAAAAAUGAGGGUAUGCAUGUUUGUGCAAAAUGCAAACUUUAAUAUUUUUGAUUCUUUCAAGAAAAGAGUUUUCUUACAUUCUUGCUGAAACAAAGAACCUCGUCUAUAAAUAAUUUAUCUGUGGUGAAGAGGCAGUGACAAAUUGAUACAGCACAUUAUAAAGACACCCUUGUUGCCAGGAAACACUUAACUGGAGUCCUGACCCUGGUGCUUUUCAUUCAGCAGCUGUUUUUUGAAGCAUGCUGCCAUCUAGUGGUGUCUUAUAUUUAUGUCCAUGGCAGUAUUUUUCAGUUCUGUUUUUAAUGUAUUUAUUAUUCAAACGAAUACCUAAUAAACAUUGAACUGCUGCCAAAAAGACGAGUGCUACUCCACUAAAAAGUCUAAUCUCAGUGUUUAAAUUUUAAGACACAAUAUUUAAUUUCUAUAUGAAAGCAGGGUUGAUUGUCGUUCUUUCAAUUCCCAGCCAUGACUCCUCACUACCUUAUAAAUAAAAUCAAAAUGCCCCUAAAUAUAACUUUAGGAGUCCUUAACACAGUCCACAUGCUAUAGGCAAGUUCUGAGUUUAUAGAUUAAAAUAGUCCAGUUUUAAACACCUUGCAGAGCGUGUUUGUAUAGUUGAUUUUUUUGAAAUGACAACGUAAAACACUUGUCCAGAGAAUAACAACUUUUUUACAGCAAUGAAACAAAACAAAAAAUAAAAUAGUUGUUUACUGUCAUUAAGUACGUUCACAUGUGCUCAAGUAUCUUGGUGAUGUGUUGCCCAUGAAAACAUCCUGUCCUGCUUUUAGAAACUUAGCCCUGAUUUUGAGAAAGCAGAAUAUGCUAACUAGAACACUUAGAUAAAAAAAAAUAAAUAAAGUGUGGCAAUUCAAACCUUGUGUCUGAAUAUUCUUGAACACCUAAGCUGUGAAAAAAAGAAAAGGCUGAGGCAAAGCUGCACCCAGAUGUUCUGAAACUGUCAUGAUCAUGUGUGCAGAUAUAAUCAGAUUUCUCUUCAUCUCUGUAAACAUUAAGAUCAACGUACAACAUGAAAGAGCACAUCACUGUCUGUCUGCUUCUCUGUACUCUCUGCCGGUAGCCGAGGGAGUAAUGCCCCAACUGGACAGCAGGUGUGCUCUUAAGCACUGCAGCACACAACCCUCCGCAGUGCAACCAUGCCUGUGUGUGUAAAUGUGUGUGUGUGUGUAUGCAUCAUGUGCGUCUGCCAGCUUGGCCACUGCUGCUCCUGCCACUCUGGAGGAGCAGGGAGAAAGAACGCUGGAGGAGUGGAGGGAGAAAGAGAGGCAGGGGGAUAGAGAGAGCAGACGGAGAGAGGGAGAGAGAGAGAGAGAGAGAGGGAGUCCAGGCCCAAAUAAAGCCAUGGGGGCCGGGGCUGGGCUGGGCCCCCUUCUGCUAUAAAUACGCUGGCCGCCUGGAGGCUCGGGUUUGGUGGUUGGGGCUUGGGACCGGUGACCGCCACUGCUGCAGCGGCCUUCCUCAAGGGAUUCUCCUCCGCUUACUCAUCAUCCUCAUCCUGGUCAUCAGUGCUCUGGACAGCCAAGAUGCCUCGCGUGGAUGCAGACCUCAAGCUGGACUUUAAGGAUGUCCUCUUCAGACCCAAAAGGAGCAGCCUGAAGAGUCGUUCAGAAGUGGGUACCAUUAAAUAUUUGAUUAUGAGAUGAAAUAUUCAAAAUACAGAGCAAAUCUAACAUCAGAGGGGGAGACUCCUCUAAAGGAGUGAAGUCAGGUUUAUGUGCCAUUCAUAUGAGAAAUGCACUAGCAUAUAAACCAGUAUGGUGGGUGACGCAACAGUUAAUAGCUAUGUUACAUGAGCUUAGACUAUAGGGUGGCAGUUUGGGCCUACAAACACUGUGUACUUUAUAUGUGACAUCAAGACUAUUAACCUCAUAAUCUUAACAAGGAUUCCGCUCAAAAGCUGAAGAUUAUACUUCCAGUCUAGUAUCUACAUUUCUGCCUAUCCUUAAGUUAAAUACAAUAAGGUGUAGUAUAAAGCAAAGGUACUCUGUAUGACCAUGAAACAGCAGAGUGACCUUCUUAAAGGUGACAGAAAACAGAGCUAGCCUGUACCAGACACAGGCUCUGCACAACAACUGUCCAAAAAAACAAAACAAAAUAAGAGUGUAAAGGGUUAAAAAAAAAAAAAACAAUGAGGAUUUUGAUCAGUAUGGAGUAGUUUUCUCAUCUCUUAUAAUUCUAAUCAGGUAUAAGAGGAAACUGUUCAUCCAGAGCACUCUUUGAUUUGGCUCACAAAGACAGCACAACGUUCACCUCCUUGUUCUCACUCGACUUGAUUAAGUUUCACAAUAACAGGGCCCGGUGCUGAUCAAGUAUGACAAGACACUGGUGGUACUAGUUCUGAUUUGGAAGGUGGAAGUGGGAGGGAGUUGGCCUUUAAGAGUUUACAUGCAACAUGAGACACGGGAUACUUCUCAGAAAACCUGUUUAAAAAUAGACCCGUGUGGUACAGUCAACCUUCGCACAUGCCACAGACUGAUCAUGAUAACGAGAUAUAUAUAUAUACGCAGACACAGAUGACAACGCAGAGAGCAGACUUUCACACCAUCCAUAGACUUGACAUCGCUUUUCUCUAAAGUAAUAAAACUACACAGACGACACUUAAGUACCAGGAUGUGAUAACUUCGCUGCAGGAUGUCAGUAGACUGCAGCUUAAAUAUCGUGACCCUUGCAAUGUGAACUGAUCCAUGUAUUGAGUAAUGUCAGCACUUAGCAGGUGCAGAAAUCCUCCUGUCAAAGAUAAGCUGACAAGACAUUCCUAAGGUUGUUUACUUGACAGAACAACGUCUAUGAACAAACUGCGAGGUAAAUCACAUCAAUAUUAAAGGACCACAUGCUAAGUAAGCUGGUAAUCAAACACUGAUGCUGCACAAUGAGCAGAAAUGGCUCCUCGAAUCUCCAAUGAAUACCUUCAUGGAUGCCUUCAUAUCAAAUGUGAAUUUUGUGUGCAAAAAAAAAAAAGACAUGCGGGAACACUUUACAAUAACUAUAAUUUAUAAAUGGUAAAAAGAUAGUUAAUUAAUGUAAGUUAAUAGUUACUUUACCAUUAACAAGCAAUAGAAUUAUGAUUAAUAAUUUUCAUUAAUUAUUAAUGGACUAUUUAUUAAAGGUUUAUAUAGGGUUUAAAUAUUGGUUGUGAAACAUCUAGAUUAAAAUGUGUGUCAGUAACACUUUGUAAAUGGUUAAUAUUUGGUUUUUAAACCAUCUAUAAACAUCACUUAGAUGGUUAUUGUAAAGUUGCAACUGAUGUUUGUAAUACUUUGUAAAUGAUUAAUAAGUUAUUUAUAAACCACCUAUAUAAACAUUACUUAGAUGGUUAUUGUAAAGUUAGGGUUAGGAUUUUAAAAAUGUAAAAUCUACAAUUUAUUAAUGGUCUAUAUGGUAUUUAUAAAUGAUGAUUAAACAUUAAUAAACUAUCUGCUUACCAUUUAUAAAUGGUCUAUUUACCAUUUAUAACUUAUGGUUAUUGUAAAGUGUUACCACAUAUUCUACAGACAAACUGUAUUAUCAUAUGCUUAGCCAGAUGUUUUGCUGAUCUAACCCCCGAAUAACAGAUUUUACGCACUGACCUGAAUCAGUGUGUCAAACUGAUGAUGUUUUAUGAGUAACAAGUCUGGGAAAUCCUGCUGAGUCAAUGUGCUGUAGUCAUAGAUAAGGGCUGUUUUGAGAGGUGAUAGAUCUGCACAAGUGAACACUACUCUUGUAUUAUCUAUACUUAUAACAUCACUUUUCUUAUACUUGUGUUUGCUACAGUUUGUGCAAUAUUUCCUCAGAUGGGGUUGUUAUAAAUAAUGUACAUCUUGACUAGAAACCUCAUUCAGUAAUGUGGAGCUUGGUUCAAGAAAUUUAAGCACUUUAAAUCAAAGGGUUACUUUUGGUUUCGAUAUUCUUAAGUUUCAGUUUGAAAUAAGUAAAACACCGAACUUAAAAUAAUUUUACAUGUAAUCGUACAAGGUAAAAGUGGAUACAGUGAAUAUAAUACAAGUGCAAAAAGAAAGGAGUGAAGACAUAGCUUAAGUUAGCCAACAUUAGCCAACAUGUCAGUACAAGCUAGCUGUCAGAAUGUCUUGUAUGAUUUCUCUUGGCAAAAAACAACUGAAGUUUGCUAAUGUUAGCCAACACUAGCAACUACAACCUAGCUAGUCAAUUCUUUAAAUAUUUGUAGGAAAAAGAUAAAUAUUUGAAAACAUGUGCACACUCUACUCAUGCUAAUAAGCUAACCUUUCAACAGCCCUGUUUGGUCCAUAUAGCUUAUCACAUUACAGCAGCACUAUCCACUGGAUCUAAAUGAUUCAGUGGAUCCCCUACCAAGACCACAAAUGAGCUGCUCCUUUCUAACAGAAAAUCCGCUGCUGCCUUUACUAAGUGUUGCAUGAAAAGUGACUAAUUUGACAUAAUAAAUAGUUAGCUACACCUGAUGUUGAUGAAACUUUUGCCCACAUCUUCUCCUCCUCAGGUGGACCUUCAGAGGACCUUCACAUUCCGCAACUCCAAACAGACAUACACUGGCAUCCCCAUCAUUGCUGCUAAUAUGGACACGACAGGAACGUUUGAGAUGGCACAGGUCCUCAGCAAAGUGAGUUAGCAGGACUAAUAAUAUGAAGGAAUAUAAAUAAGAGCCAUUGUUUGUGCAUUUCUCUUAGUGUGGGCCUGCCAAGACCAGGGUGGUGCAGGGAGCUUUGGUGAAAUGUGACUAGGCCCCUUGUUGUGGAAGCUAGCAGCUGUUAGCAUCUUGGAUGUUGCCUCUUUUCUUCUGUUGCACCCACUGUCUUGUAUAUAAAAAAAAAAAUAAAAAUGUAUGUGUAAGAGAAAAUAAUAUCAAUUAUUCGAAGAGGAUAUCAAAGUAUGUCUUUUAAUUGCUUCUUCUGUCUUUUUGUCUAGCACACCCUCUUCACAGCCAUUCAUAAACACUACUCUGUGGAGGACUGGAAGAACUUUGCUGCUAACCAUCCAGACUGCGUAGAGGUAAUAUCACCAAUGUUUGUUCUUCAAAGUAGCCAUCCCCACUUUAAGAAAACUACACACCUUACUCCCGAUUUUGUCUUUUUCUCCACAGCAUAUAGCUGCCAGCUCAGGCAGUGGGAAAGCAGAUCUGGAGAGGCUGUGUGCCAUAGUGGAGGCUGUACCCGCCCUUAAGUACAUCUGUCUGGAUGUAGCCAAUGGCUACUCAGAGUACUUUGUGGAGUUUGUUAAGACAGUCAGGGAGAAAUUUCCUAAACACACCAUUAUGGUAAGAGACACAGAUGUGUUAAAGUUGAGUUUUAUAUGAUGUGCAAAGGAAUGUGUCCUAUAGGGCUAAUGCUGUCUGUGUUCCAGGCUGGUAAUGUGGUAACCGGGGAGAUGGUGGAGGAGCUCAUCCUGUCCGGGGCUGACAUCAUCAAAGUGGGGAUAGGGCCAGGUGGGUGGGUUGAAGGUCUGAGUGUUCUCAAACGAGUGUCAAUGCGAAACUUUACAGGCUUCAUAUGCAAGCACAAACACAACCGAGAUUGUGACAUGCAUAAAGACAUGCGCGUGAUCCAGAAAGACAAAGACAGGCUGCUCAGAUAGCAUAAGUAUGCAGCUUUGGCUCUUUGGAUUUACUGUGCUUAGUAUACUGUAUGCAUCACACUAUUAAGAGCAAGUCCAACUCAUAUGUCGCCUUCAAUAUAAUUUAAGAUAAAAAUUUAAAAAAUAAACAGAAAGAAAAAGCUAAAUUACAUCAAUUAAAAAAAGAUGGUUAUUGUGUGAUCUGUGUGUUACAGGGUCUGUCUGCACAACAAGAAUCAAGACAGGGGUGGGUUACCCCCAGCUCAGUGCUGUAAUAGAGUGUGCAGACUCAGCUCAUGGACUCAAAGGACAUAUUAUCUCUGUAAGUCCACCGUUGAAACAUCACAGACACCUAAGGCUCAUUAGCAAAAAUGUUUUAGACAUAGAUAGUUUUACAUAUAAUAGGAGAGCUCAGAUGUUCAAUUUGCUUUCAUUACAUUGGCCUAUUUUCAAAGUACUUAUUUUUGUUCUUUUUUUGUCCAUCUUGUUCAUGUCUAAGUCCAUGUUAUGCUGUUUCAGGAGGACAAAUUUCUUUAUUACUUAUAAUAAUACCAGGUUGCAAACAGUAGAGGGCGUCCUCAGUCUUUGGAUUUUGAUGGAACAAUCACAAACUGAUGUUCUGACUUUUUCAAUUUGAUGUAGGGCCUGAUAAGUAGGCGGGUGCGUUUAAAAAAACACCUAAACUGUGUUGACAUUUAAUCACUGCCCAGGACCUUUUAAGGAACACAUUUCUGACCAUUUGGAGUCAAUUGGUAAUAAAAAAAAUCAGAAAAGUGUCAACACUUGUUCAAGUCUUAGGGUUAUGUUGGGUUAGGUUGGGGUGACAUUGGGGUAUUGGGGUUAGGGUUAUAGGGUUAAGGGUUAACAUCACUGUCCAGGACCUUUCAGGAAGCACGUUUCUGACCAUUGGGCGUCAAUUGGUGCAAAAAAAAUUAGGAAAAGUGUCAAAAAUUUUUAAGGUGUUGGGGUUACAUUGGGGUAUUGGGGUUUGGGUUAGGGUUAGGGUUGUGGGGUUAAGGUUCAAAUUUCAGACCAUUUGGAGUCAAUUGGUACAAAAAAAAAUAGGAAUAGAGUCAACAUUUUUAAAUGUUAGGGUUACGUUAGGGUAAAGUUGGGAUAGGGUUCGGUUAAGGUUAAGGUUACCCUAUUUGCCUGGGGUGUCUCCCCUGGGCUUUCUACCUAUCAUAGACACCAUCUUGGCACCUUUUUAGUGGUCAAACUUUGGUAAACUUUUGGUUUGUUAUCAAGGACAUCUAAUACAAUAAAAAAAACAGCUGAGAAACCUUUUGUUAGAAUGUUUUUGGGGUCAUGUCAUAUUUGCACCUGUCUACAGUUACUUCGUGUGUGUUUUUCCUCUGUCCAGGAUGGCGGCUGCAGUUGCCCAGGAGAUGUAGCUAAGGCCUUCGGUAUGUAAUCAACCAACGAUUUUUGCUCCUUUCUUCCAUUAAAUUGGUCUCAUAUUGGAUCAUGUAUGACUACAAAAAUCUUUCUGUGCCUCCUCAGGUGCUGGCGCUGACUUUGUGAUGAUGGGCGGAAUGCUCGCAGGCCAUGAUCAGUGCACAGGAGAGAUCAUUGAGAAAAAUGGAAAGAAAUACAAACUCUUCUAUGGCAUGAGCUCUGACACAGCCAUGAAGAAAUAUGUGGGUGGAGUCGCCGAGUAUAGGUAAGUAACAAUCGGCUCGUACUUAUGUUUUCAAAGAACCAGUCACUGACACAAACAGCUUUAUAAGAUAACAAUAAACUAAGAUGAGCAUAAAGGCAUCCGAAGACAAAUAAUGAAUUUUUACACAAACAGCUAAGAAUCUAACUGAAUAACUGGGAAAAUUACCUAUGACCUAUCAAUGUUGGUUACAGGUAACUCAUUUGUCAAGUAUAACACAUUUUGUCAGCCUGGGUACAUCAAACUGUUUGCUGGGGCAGGUUGACUUGUAAAUGGAUGAAGACUAUUCUUAUAGCUGCAUUGCUCAAACAGUUGGCUGGUUACGUCUGACUUUCAGCGAACACGACUUAUUCUAACAGCUGGGCUACCUAAUUCGGUCAUCUGGGCACUCUGUUGGCCGAGGUAGCUCAUUCUGUCAUGUAAGAACUCUGCUGGCUAGUGAAGCUCACCCUGUCUUCUCGGAACUCUGUAAGCUGAGGUAGUUCAUUCUGUCAGCAGGGGUACCUAAUUCUGUCAUCUAGGAAGUUGUUUGGCUGAGGUAGCUAAUGCUGUAAGUUCAGGUAGCUUUAUUCUGUCAACAAGGGUAGCUCAUUUUUUUUGAGUUUUACAGAGUUCAUGGUGACUAAUAAAAAUCAGUUUAUUUCCAUGAAAAAUCUGCCAAAUCUUCUCUGCCGAUGCAAACACCUUAUUCUCAUCCCAUUGGCUCUUGUUUGGGAUUGUCUGAUGGAUUGGACGAUUGAAGUUUGAAGAAUUUAUUGGUCAGAUUAAAGGCAUUUUGACAUGAUCUGCAUCAUACAAGUAAUGAUAUGCUAAUUUAGAAGUUUAAAACAGCGUUAAUCUCCUUUAUUAUGGGCUACCAGGUAACAGUCAGUAAGUAGAGGGAACACUUAAACACAAACUUACUUUUCUCUCUUCAAUUUCAGGGCAUCUGAAGGUAGGACAGUAGAGGUCCCGUACAGAGGAGAUGUUGAGAACACCGUCCGUGAUGUGUUGGGGGGUCUCCGCUCCACCUGUACCUACGUCGGCGCAGCCAAGCUCAAAGAACUGAGCAGGAGAACCACUUUCAUAAGAGUCACACAACAAUCCAGCCAUAUGUUCACCUAGCAGGAUGUACGCAUUUUACACACAAGUUGCAUGACUCGCAUUGUAUAAUGCUGAUUUUAGAUUUGCAGUAGUAAGACAUGGAAGAGGAAAGACGCACACCCACACUUACGGAGACCCUUUAAUGUGAGCACCCAGCCUGUCUCUCUCAGGGUAUGUUCUGCGAGCUGUUCAUCUCCUGCACGUUGUGAUCGAAAGUUCAACGUGAAACAUUUUCACAAAGAGUGACUGUGCUUUAACUUGAUCAUGCGGUGAGUGUGUUUACAUGCCUACAGACAUGCAAAUAAAAAAAUAUUGCCGACACAAUGCGUAUAAACACACUCAGCAGGACAGGAGGAGAUGGUAUUUGUGCUACGAUGAAUGUACAAAUCAUUCUGCAAGACCCAAAGAGGUAGUCCUGUAACUGUCACUGGAGAAAUCAUGUUGCAAUAAACUGCAUGCAGGACCCCCUGCUACUUUCCUCAGAGGUGGUGUUGUCUGUGAAAAGUCACCAUUGUGCUUGUGUGGAUAUGUUAUACCAAGCCAAGACAUACAGCUGAUUGAUGUAUUUGUGUGUGUGUGUGGAGGUCACAUUUGAGUUAUUGAUUUCACUUUGCCUGUUUUUUGAUCAAGGGCAUCAACACAUUUGUGGUUUCUGCUGCAUUUUCUGGUACUUUUAACAUAAAACUUGUGUCAAGCAAUAUCAAAAAUGAAACAUAAGAUGAGAAACAGCACUAAAAAUGUGAUUCCUUCAGUUAGAAUCGUAUUUCUGUGUGAGAAACUGCCCUCUUUUGUGGGUGUUGGGUUUCCAGAUAAACUUGUAUGUAGGAUAAGGUAUAAUGUGUUCUUUAAAGUGAGUUUCAACACUGCUGACCUCUCUACAUAGGAACGGGUGUAUUUAUUAAACUUUUAAAUGGA